CAGGUGGUGUCGUGGCGUGACGUAUGUGGCGUUUCUUGUCAGUGGAGCGCAAACAAACUCCACUAAACACCAGCGAGCGCAACAGCUACACGACCAUGGCGUUAAAUAGAAAUCACUCCCAAAAUGGCGGAGUGAUGAUCAGCAAUGGAGAAAGUGUAUUAAGGGAAUGUAAAAAUGUGGAGCUGUCGUUCAGUGAUGUCAGCAGUAAAUCGGACCUACUUAAGGGGACCAAGAAGGGCACUGUGUACCUCACACCAUACAAGAUGGUGUUUGUGUCCAGUAACACAAAAGAUUGCCUGGGUUCUGCCAUGUUCCCCUAUUAUCUGAUGAAGGGAUGCAGCAUCGAGCAGCCCGUGUUUGCUGCCAACUACAUUAAAGGGACCGUGUCAGCUGAGCCGGGCGGUGGCUGGGAGGGUCAGGCUCAUUUCAAGAUGUCAUUUCCCAGCGGAGGAGCCAUCGAGCUCGGCCAGCAUCUCUUCAAACUGGCCACAAAUGCUUCCCGUGGAGACCCGGCCCAGAAUGGUGCUGCGUCAUAUCAUGGCUACCCUUCUCCUGGAAUGAUGAACGGCUACGGCCCGCCUCCACCUGCCGCUCAAGGCUAUCCUUUUGCGCCUGCUCCGCAGCAGAACGGCUUCUACCCGCAGCCGCCCCCUCCUCCUCCUGCUGCUCCUGGUAACAUGGGCUACCCUUACCCAGCAGCUGCUCCAGGAAUGUACCCAUACCCAACCGGGUCUGACUACAUGGCCCCACCUCCCCCGUAUCCAGGGCCCCCUCCAAACUGGGCUGCACCCCCGCAAAACUGGACAGCUCCACCACCUCCAGGCCCAGGUAAUGCCAAAGCUGCAGAAGCAGCAGGCAAUGCGUACUACAAUCCCAGCGAUCCACACAAUGUCUACAUGCCCACGGAGAUGCCUCCUCCAUAUGCACCUUACCCAAACUCUCCUGAAAAGAAAAGCAACUGAGGCUCGGGUACGGACACUUCCUCCUUGUCUUCUGGUGGAUCCCUGACCACGGUAUAUGGCAUAUUACAAAAGACCGCAUUUAAUCUCUUACAAUUCAUUUUUGUGAAGUUAUAACUUGCAACCCCCCCCCCCCCCCCUCCUCAGUCAAAAAGCCCUCUGUGGCUUUUUUGCUUAAUAUAAUAAUUGUUGUCAUGUUCUAAACAGUAGUGUCUGAAGCUGAAAGGAGGCAGCGGGAUGAUGAAUGUAUUUUUUUUUUUUUUUUUUAACGACCGAGCUGUACCACCACACACUUUCUUGGAGUUCAUUCGUGUCGCUUUUAACAACCGAACUUAUUAUCAGUGUAUUUCAGUGGUGUCAUUUACAGUGUGUAUUUCCUAUACUGUUUUUGAAUGGAGUGUUUAUUCAUAUACAAUAGCAGAAGUGGGUUGAAUAGACUUUAGUCAUGCAUUGAUGGCCGUCAAUACUUCCUGAUUCAUCUUUUGCUAAUAGCUUACGUACGAUCAGCAACAACAAUUGCGUUUUCUAGAUAACCCAAAUUGCCCCUUUUUUUUUGUAUCCUUUGAAAUGUACAUUUUCAUACAGUAAGUGUGCAAUAUUCCCGGGUGACAACGGCCGUAGUGGAAAAUCAGGGCUCACCCGAGUGACGUUGUUCUCUUGGCCUCUCUUGCAUUCAUGUAUGCAAAGGCAAGCUGAAACCUUCUUUGUAAUUAGGCCAGUAUGCGGUUACCAGGUUUCAUCAUUUAGAGAACAGCAGCGUUUUGCCUCCCGUCAAAUCUCCUGAGGGCUAACCAUUUUUUGUUGUUGUUGCUGAUAUUAACAGGUCUUUGCACACCCUUAACAAAUAUUAUUAGUGUGGAUUUGAAAUUUGCUUUACUCAUAUAAUGUCUAUAAAUGUUCUUUAACUGAAAUCUAUUAAAUUUGUCAUUUAUUGAUUCUAAUAUUUCCUUGAGCCUCGGCAGUUAUUUUUUCAAGAGAAUCACUUUAAA